AUGGUGGUGGCGUUCGCCGCACUGCUGGCGAUGUCUGCCCUGUCCCCGCUCGCCGAGGCUCGCACGCCCGGCGGCGCCCGCGCCCCGGCCCGCAAGCUGCUCGGCUUCCCGGACGCCUGGUGGAGCGCCCUCGCCGGCGGCCAGGGCAAGGGUGCUUGGCUGUUCCACGCGGCCCCGGCCGCGGCGCCGAGCGGCGGCAGGGCGGCGGCAACCGGCGGCCAAGGCGCCGGGCCCGUCCCUGUCCAGGAGCCGGCUGCCCGGCCGCUGGUGACCAUGAACUGGGGCCCCGCGGCCGACGACGGCGUCAAGCCGCUGCGCGCGAGCCAGCAGCUGUGGAUGGACAACAUCGGGCAGACGCGGUGA